AAAUCAUUUCUUGUCAUUCAACAAAAAAAUAACUAUAAAUCCAAGUUGCAGGGAUUUUAUUACUACGAUCACUUUUGUUUGUGUUCCCUCACUCAAUCUGAAUCAUCCUCUAAAACAAACACAUAAUUGGUAGUUUUUCUCUGAUUUAAUUUUGGGUCACUCACUCUACUACUAGAAAAACUAAAAAUAAAAAAUAAAAAUAAAAACUCCGGAUCAAUAUUACGAGUACAAUUCUUGUACUUGAGAUUUUAGAUCAAUCAAAGCCCAGUAACAAAAACCCAACCCAAAAUAGUAUUACAUGUUGUGGCCAUUUAGAUUUUCUGGUCUGGGCGCAACAACUCCCCCACACCUACUAAGCGCACUUUAGAACUAACCACCCUUUUUCUCCACCCGUUCCUUUCCCACUCAAACCACCACCGCCAUCACCACCACCACCGCCAUCACCACCACAAAAGCCAACCCUAACCCUAAUUACCAAAGACAACAAUGGCCACACCCUCCUCACCCCCACCUCAAGAUCCAGAUCAAAACCACCAUGACAUCCCCUCCUCCACACCCACAUCCACAUCCAUAAUACCUUUAAAUCAAGGCGUCCCCAAGAAAAGCCCACCCCUCCCUUGGUCCCACCAAGAGACCAUCAACCUCAUCCAAGCCUACCAAGAUAAAUGGUACUCUCUCAAGAAAGGCCAGCUCAAGGCCUUCCAAUGGGAAGAAGUCGCCGUCACGGUUGCCGCUCGCUGCGGCUACGACGAACCCUCCAAGACCGCCACCCAAUGCCGCCACAAGAUCGAGAAACUCCGCAAACGCUACCGCGCCGAGAGGCAAAAACCUUACCCUAAUGCCUGGCAGUACUUCGAAGUCAUGGACCGCAUGGAACGCGGCCCUCUCCCCAUCUCCGCUCGACCCAUGGCGGUAAUCCAGUAUCAGAAUAAUUCGAAUUCAAGCAACGAAGAAGACGACAAUGACGACGAUUAUGGCGAUGAUGUUAAUUACUAUGAAGAUAGCAAGAAAAAUAAGUCCAAGAGUAUCAAUCACAUUGUUAGAGGGCAUGUUAAUGCAAAUAAAUCGACGAUGGAUCGGAAAUUUGGCGGUGGUGUUGAUAGGGUUUUGCGAGAGACUAUGUUUGGGAAGAGAAAGGAGUCUCUUUUAGAGAGUGAUGAGGAGGAAGAGGAAGAGGAAGAGGAAGAAGAAGAGGAGGAGGAGGAAGAGGGAGGGAGGGAGGUGGUGGCCGGAUUGGCGGCGGAGAUAAAGGCCUUCGCGGAAAGGUUUGUGAGGAUGGAGAACAAGAAAAUGGAAAUGAUGAGGGAAACUGAGAGAUGCAGAAUGGAGAUGGAGAAUAAGAGGAUGGAGAUGAUACUCGAUUCACAGCGGAAGAUUGUGGACACUAUCGGUAGGGCUUUUGGCUCUCAUAAGAAGUUGAAGAUGGCUCAAGAACUUUGAAGGUUCACGUCUCACUAAUUUUUUUUUUUUUUUUUAAUUUGUGGCAAUUAAUAUAUUUAUCCAAUAAUUCUGUCAUCUAUCAUGACAUGUUUUUUUUCAGUAUUAGUUAUUAUUUUAUUUGGUAUA